AUGGCGGGAUUCCGCGAUAGGGAAAAACAAUUUUUCCCACUUCAAAAUGUUCAAGAUGUUGUAAAAUUGUUUCGGGAUCAAUUGACAUGUGGCGAGGAGCCUAAUUUAUCACUGCUGUCAAUCAUUCUUGGAGUCAUCGAAAAUAUUUUGACUGUCAAUCGGGCAGUACCAACUGAAGUGGACAAUUCCUCGAAUCUGGAGCCGAUAUUCCCGGUUGUCGAACUACAUACAAUCGAAGCCCUUUAUUCCAAGUUUGAGACACAUAUCAAACGAUCUGUCGAUUUGACAAAGUUCCCAGGUCCCCAUGCUACAAGAGAGCUUGUAAAACACGUUUCAGACGUCAUAUGGGGUUCCCUUACACGAAGUUUUUACAAGGACAAGGCGCAUUUACAAUCGUUGUACAGCUUUUUAACGGGUAACAAGUUGGACUGUUUCGGUGUAGCCUUUGGCGUUGUCGCAGCUUUUCAGAUCCUGAGAUACAAGGACGUCCAUCUCGCUCUCUCUGAGGACCACGCCUGGGUUGUGUUUGGGGAGGAUCUCGCUGAGACGGCAGAAGUCACCUGGCAUGGUAAAGGAAAUGAAGAUAAGAGGGGCCAGCCCAUUACUUCAGGGACUGCAGAGAAGAGCUGGUUGUACCUGAAUGGUUAUCCUGUUAUCUGUACCAGGGAGAUGGAGGUGUCCUCCAUAGUUAGUGGAAUAAACCCCUCCAUCACAGCCACCAUGGACAGUGUAGAGUUGGGAUCAUUACAGCAGGAACUUUUGUGGUUGCUGUAUGAUAUGGGCCAUUUGAAAAUGUAUCCAAUGGCACUGGGUAACCUUGGAGAUCUGGAGGAAAUAACCCCCACAGAGAAUCGUAAAAAGCCACUUCAGCUGUUCCAGGAGGCUAUAGCUAACAGUCAGGAGUUCUAUAAUGACCAGCAUGUGUACCCAUAUACCUAUCUUGGGGGAUAUCUGUACCGUAAACAGGACUACAAUGGGGCACUCCAAACUUGGGCUAAUGCAGCAUCGGUUAUAAAAAAGUAUAAUUACAACAGGGAAGAUGAAGAGAUCUACAAGGAGUUUCUUGAGAUAGCAAACGAUCUCAUCCCCUCCAUGAUGAAACAUGUAGCAGGGGAAAAUGCUGCCAGAAUUCACCACACCUCUUUACUGUAUAGCCCAGAGAGCUAUGCCAAUUUCUUAAGAUUUUACGAUGGCAUUUGUGAAUGGGAAGAGGAUAGCCCCACCCCCGUCCUUCACAUAACAUGGGCCAAACAACUAGUGUUCUCAAUUUCCAAAUUUGACCACAGUGUAAGGGUAGGCGUGGAUUUGAAAGGAGAAAAUGGGGAUGGAGAUGACAGCGAGGAUAGUGAAGAUGAGAACAGUAGUGAUGAAACAAAGGACAAAAAUCAAAAUGUCAAGGAAGAAAGUUCUAGAAACAAAACAGAGGAAACAGUCAAUGAAGAAAGUAUACCUGCUGGGAAAGGCAGGGCUGGAAAGCUGGGUAGGAGAAAGGCUGUGUCGACUGUCUCUAAAACAGGUGCAGUGAAUGGAAACACUGACGAAGACAAGAUAAAGAGUGCUAUUCAAGAACUCGAAAGCAAAGUGGGCGGAGAGGAAAAUGAGAAAGAGGAUAUUAAUCCAAACAUACCAGACUUGGCAAAUCCAAACAUACCAGACUUGGCAAAAGCUUGCAGUGAGUCCAUUCUAAACCCCGAGUUUUUACUGGGAGGUGGAGAGCCAUUUACUACUGCUACCACCACUACUACGGUAACAACAUCACACUCGGAGGCAUCAUCCCGGGUGGAUCUGGAUGAGUUCCUGAGCAGUAAGUCCAAUGGAUCCCCCUUUAUGGGAAUGACUGUUGACUCCAUGUUGAAGGCAGAGAGUCCCUCGGACAUGAUCAUGUUUAGAAAAAGACCUCCAUCCACUUUUACUCACACACCUUCCCCUCUCCUGGAAAAUCGGGAGGGACAAUCAGAAACAAUCAUUCCUAGUCCUACACCCAACGAACAAGGGCCCCCUGUUAUCUUAUGUCUGAAGAGUCAGAAGAUGAAGGGCUUGAAAAAGAUCUUUUCAUCGUCCAAGUUAAAUGCGAGUGCAAUUAAGUUACAGCUAACUGCUCAAUCACAGGUUCACUUCAAACACAGCAAAAGAAGUACAGAUUCAGAUUUAUCAACUCACAGAAAGCGAUCGCGAAGAGAGUGAACAGGGAUAGGAUGUUGUAUCUGUCUCCUUCACAAAUUUGUUCAUUGUUUUUGAGUCCAUGAUAAUUUCUCCUCUGAUGUUGACCUGUCUUUCAGCUCACUCUAUGUAUCUGUCCAAUCAUUGACUCGGCCAUCUGUAAAUAGUCAAAAGUCGCGUCAUCACUCACAUCCUAAAUAGCUUGUUUCAUGUUCAAGUAGACCAAAUGAUGGGACAACUACAUGCAUGUCAGUAUAGGUUGCCAUUCAAUUUGUUUUUCUAUUCAGAAUGACUCAUUAGCUUGUUUUUGUGACUGAUCAGUAUUAAAGAAUUCUGUUUAUUACGUGAUGUAUGUUGUAUAAGGCUUUAAGCUCAUUGUAAUCGACUUUGCAGUUCUGCAAGAAAAUUCAUCUAGUUAAUAGACUUUUUAAGUAAUUGAUUUAUGGUAAAAUUCUUUUGGGGUAUGUGGCAGUAUCACCAUAGAUAAUUGGAGCUUUAUUAGUGGAGAAAUGUUGUUUAAUUGUGCUAGUAUUCUGGAAUUUAUGAAAAUUUAGUGUACACAUACUUGUACUUUGGUAACUAAGGGGCUUUAAGAUACACCAGCACUGAAUAUAUAUAUAUAUAUCUAGCACACUAUAAUGAAGCAUACAUGACUGUUAGGGCAUUUUUUAAUUCUGUAAAUAUAGAUGUAAAAAAAAUUGUGUGUAACAUGGUGAAAAAAUAUAGUGUUGUCACGGUAAUAGGAUAAAGGUGUUAGAUAUUGAUGUAGUGUGUAAAUAAAAAUAUAUUUAAAUUAAUUCUUGGUGCCAUUGAGAAUGCUGCAAUUUAGUGGAAUGAUUUUUUUUUUAUAAUUCCAUAAAAAAAAUUUGGGGAGGGGAAAUUGAUACUUGUGCUUUACAUGGUUUUCCACGAAAUUUCUGUUAAGAUUUUUUCAGACGUGUUUCAUUGUUGGAUUUUUGAGUCAAUUUUUAAUACUUGAGAACUUUCUAUUUUAUUAAGAUGUUUUUUCCUCAUGUUUACUUUUUAAAGUUGUACAUAGUUUUUAUGACUAGCUUGUUGAUAAUUUUUGUUAUCUGGUCCUUGCUCUAUCUGUUGUGAAUUUGGACACCGGGAGGUUUUUAGCUCUUCUUAUUAAUAUGUACAGAAAAUGUGAGGCUUUUAAUAAAUCACCCAGUUUCUGAAGAAUCAAAAAUUCUUUCUAGAAAAUUUUUGUGGAUAAGAAUGUUGAUCUGUAAAUCAAUAGACAAAUUGACAAUAGAACCUUUCAUAAAUCCUUUUCACUUUCAGGCCAAAGGUCACUAGGCCAUGUACUUUGCUACAACUGUCCAGCAGAUAGCUAGGGAACUCUUGAUCCAAUAAUAAUAGCUAUCCACCAUUUUUAGAAGGUCAUGGGUCGUAAUUGACCCCUAUUCAUUUUAAUGUUCAAAUUUGAAAGGUCACAGGGAAUUUUCCAACUGUUUUUCGAACUCUUUUACUGAUACAUGUAGUUAUCAAACUUAAUAAGAAGUUAUGAGAAGGCUAGGACAUGUAUAUUUUCCUAUCUGUUUUUGGUCAUGAUUGUGGUGAAACAGUCAGGGAACAUUACUGGUUCUACAUUCUGUAACUUACCUGACUGAAAUCAAACUUCAUGGUUAAUACAUGACCCCCCCCACCCCCCCCCCCCCCCCCCCCCCCCCCCCCCCCAAUGUAUUAUAGGUCCAGAGUUACUUCUAAAUUUUCAACUUGUGCAUUUCAAUUUAGGAGAAGAGGGCAUUGUACAGAUUAUCUGAAAUCUUAAAAAGAGAUGUGUUUUGGUGUGUUUUUUUUUUAUAUAAACUGAUUGGAUUGGACAGUGGAAGAUGUUUUGCACAAUACUGUAGAGAGAAAAUUGUUCUCAUCGUAUGACUGAAUCUGAUUUAAGUGAAUAGUGGACUUACGGGUACUAGGAAAAUUCUGAAAACUGUUUCAGCAGCUAAUGUUUAGUCAAGUGUCAUGCUUUUAUUUUUCUCUGAAGCUGUGUAUCAUUGAAAAAGUUUUGGAUUUCUGUGCAUAUUUUAGGAGUUGGAACAUAUUCAUGUUUGUUUAUUUCUGUAGACAAGUUAGACAUCUGAGUCUUGUUGUCUUGUUUGCCUCAAAUGCAUUUUUAAAGUUUCAAUAUCAUUACUACAUCAUUAUCUUGCAACAAGAGAGUUGACUGGAUAUAUUAAAGUACAGAACACUACUAGUCUGAUUGAUAGAGUAUAUGAAAUACACUGACUGUGGUUUUAUUCAUGUUGUAAGGGAAUGUCCUGCUCAGUGGACCACUUACGGAUUUUGUUUCCUCAGAGAAAUGAACAAUAUUCAUAGAAUUUGCCGCAGCAUUUUUUCAAAAAAUCAGAUUAAUGCGUAUAUCAUAUAGCCAGGUUUUUUGGGAGGGGGGGGGGCAUGUAUUUCCAAAGAUUCACCAAAAUAAAUAUCGCUAAAUGAAGUACAUUAGUGUUCAUUGUAUAUAUAAAUUAAAAAGAGUUUCGCCAAAUUUUAUCCACCAAAAUUAAUGGUAUGCCUUGUAGACCCAAACCCACCAAAUUUGUGUCUCGCUAAAAAAUUUUUUAUAAAAAACAGCGAUACAGUAUUACUUAUCAUUACAAUUUUUCUGUGAUGAAUGGAAGGCAAUGCUUGACAUUUGACUCUUGUCUACAGAGUUGAGUUGUUUAUUGUGCACCGUCCCUUGUUAUGAUUUUAUCUGAUGCAAAUCCUGUUACAUUUGUUAAUUAUAAGAUUUGACCAAGCAAGUUGAGUUUAUGGUAUUUUCCAUUGUGAAAACCUAAGUGAGAGACACAAUCCACAAGGUUUGAACUUUGUGCAAUUGAAGUGAAAGUUUAUGAUUCUUGAACUAAGUCUGUAGCCUUGAUUUUAUCAUAUUCACACACUCUGUAUGUAUGUAUUCACCUUCUGGGGAGCAGUGAUUGUAUAAUUCUGUACACAACACUUACACGAAAGCUUGUGGUUUGGUUUUCUCAGUAAGGUUUUACAUUUGGUGCUCAUUACAUCAGUGGAAGCAGGCAGCUAUGCGAUCUAUGUUAUACAUUGAUAAUUGAUGGGCUUGAUUAGGCUAAUCCUCUGCAAUUCCUGGGUUUAUACUCUUACAGACCUGUACAUUUGACCCCAUGUAAAAUAUUUCUGCAUAAUCAUUUGUAAUAUUACAGAGAAACAAAUGUCAAAUCUUUAAUCUAUAUAUGUGCCAAAAAAACUGUACUUCUUGAUAAAAAAAUGAAAGCAAUUGUCAUUUUUGAUGCAAUAACAAUUUUGGACACCCCCCUCUCCAUUUUACUAGUGCUGAGGAUGCACGCCUUUGUUUUGAUGAGGUUCAACUCAGCUGUGAUUUGACAUCAGAACGGAGCUGAACCUUGUUGAAAUCAUUUGAUGUAUACAUAAGCUUUGUAGAUCAUUGUACUACUGUGUAGAUAGUACUUGUAGUCCUAAUUUCCUUUGUCAUUAGUGUUAAGGUAUUGUUGCUACGGAUAAUUGAAGUAGAUCUGUAUCAGAGUCCAAUUUUUCUGUUGUUGAGAUUUUUAUUUACAUUGCACCGUUUCUUUGUUGUUGUGUAGACGGCAGGUUUCACUGCUUAGCAUCAUUGAUGUAUUGUCAUUCUGUUUUAAAUAAAUUCUCAAAAAGAU